AUGGGUGAGGCCGCCUUCUCUGUGGACUUCCCGGCCCAGCCUGACAGCGAGGAGCAAAGGCCAGCGGGCAGGCCGCAUAUCUGCUGCGUUCCUCCUCCGCGGGCCCCCACCUCCUUCAGCAGGAGUCCCCGCCUGGCCAAAGCAAAGCCCAAAGGGGGAGCCGCGGCCGGGGGCCAGUUCCAUCCCAGCAACCUGCGCGGAGAGGAGCUGGAAGACACCAAGCCCCAGGAGCUGCCCGUCGGCCGAGCAAGUCCCGCUCCCGAGGGCGGCUGGGUGAGCGCGGACGAGUCCUCCGGGUACGAGAGCGAAAGCGCCGCCUCCUGCAUCCCCUCGUCGCCGGGGGAGGACGAGCCCCAGCAGCGCAGGGCGCGGACCGCCUUCACCCCGGAGCAGGUCGGCAAGCUGGAGAAAACCUUCAAGCGGCAGAAGUACGUGGGGGCGGCGGAGAGGAGGAAGCUGGCGGCCGCUCUUCAGCUGUCCGAGAUUCAG